AUGCCUACAGCAACAUCGACGAUUGGCUGGACCCUGGCCAACGUCGGCCCAGCCCCAACCACCUACUCCCCCGCCCCAUCAUGUACCGCAGGGAACACGCUGAUUGUCGGCUGGGACAACCCGUACGAAUCGCAAUGGGGCAUCAACUGCAACAGUGUCCCGGACAACUGCUGGCCAACGCCCACUGCCUCAUCCCUGAUAGACGACAUCAAAACAAAUGAAUAUAUCGUCCCCUUCUACUCGCCCGGCUUAUCAUGUCCAUCAGGCUGGCAAGCUAUAGGCCAGAUCGCCCAUCCAACAGCCACAGACGAGCUAGUUACAUCGUCGGGCAUAUACAGCGUAUCGCAGUACCCCGACUUCAGCUCCGGCGACCUUAUCAAGGUGUACAAUCCGGAAGACGCCUUCGGCGCCCUCCUUGACCCCGGCGAGACCAUGUUCGCGUGCUGUCCAUCUUCAUUCUACACGGAAAGCUACCGCACCGGGUGUUUCUCGCCGCUCCCGUCGACCCCGAGCACAGGGUGUUCAACGGAAUACGCCACGCGCGACGUGGAGGUCGUCACGACGCCUUUUCUUUUGAACGGUACAACGACAACGGCACAGCUCUUGUUGCCGAUGAGCACGCCUCCCUCGUCAACGCUUUUGCCCACGACGUUUAGCGAUGUCGAUGAGAUGGAUGUCUAUGUCCUGUCGUCGAUGGGGCAUAUAUACCUCGUUCAUCGGCCUUCUGAUCGGGAUAGUCAGGCGUCUGCUUCGGGGACUGCGGCUCCGACCGAUGCGUCGGGUUCGGACGCGGAGGCAACUGGGACCAAUGCGGCGUCGGCGCUUCGUGCUGGAGAAAAGUUCUCCUGGGGUCAGGUAACGGGGGUGGUGGGGGUCUUGACUCUUUCGCUUCUCGCGGGGAUGGGGCUCGUUCUUCCUUGGUGA